UGUGAGAUUUUGCAAGAUCGAUUGAACUUGAAGUAUCGUGUGUCGUACUUUUUUCAGAUUUUGAAGACACUUGGCAAGCUGAAACAAGCGUAACUCCUCUUCAAACAGUCUAGAUUAGUCUUACAGGAAUGGGGUGCUGUUUCAGCAGCGAGGAGAGUACUUCUGGCUCUAGACAAGCAUCUGAAAGAGAUCCUUUACUGGGAGGAAGAUCAACUCCAAUUGCUAAUGGACAGAGACCUGUUGAUGAUGCACUCAACCAUAGUUCUGGCCCAAUAUCCAAGACAGAUGAACAAUCACUGUUAAGCAGAAUACUUCAUCAAACUGCACACAAAGUCAUAGAUGUCUCCUCAACUGAACCUCACAGUAUAGAAAGAACAGAAUACAUGGAAAGAUCCAGGCAAUACAUGUCAAAACUAUCUACUGUCAAUGGUUCAGCACUACAUAACGGAUCCAACCUUCCUGGUGGAGUAAAGGCACCUUCAUCCGUGUUAGCAAGUGAACCUAUACCACAAGGAGAUGUAGCAUUUGUUAUCCAAGCUGCCAAAGGAGCAGAUGCAUCAUUAUCUGGCUUUCAUGUUGAGCACAGAGAUGCCCUUGUGGUACAGUUUGAAUCAUCGUAGGAAUUUCUGAUGUUGCAGAGAAUGAAAUAUUUAUUGAAAUUGAACCUUACAUUAAUGUGCCUGCCAGUAAUUUCAAGUAAUUUCCAGAGCAACUUACACCAAAAGAUAAGUAUAAACAGUAAAACAGAUAGUGUGGCAAAAUCCUGGGUUGGACCUUAGUUUAUGAUCUCUUGCCUCCCAGAUGCACCUCUUACCCCUUCCAUAAAGGCAAUGAAAACUAAUCCUACAGAAUUUUUGCUGAACGGAUAUUAAUUUGAAACGGAAGGGAGAAGGUGCAGGACUAAAACUAAAAUUUUUCAAUAAGUAACCAAGAUCUUGCAUGAGCUUGACGUCAAAGUGAUUAUUAUUGAUAUUUAACUCAGAGAGUAAUUCUCAAUAGAUUGUCAAAAUACAUGUAGAGUGUAGGCAGGGUGUCUUUUGGGUUUGUUUCCUCUGUCUGCAUUUGGUACAGCAAACUUUCAUCAUCUUUUUUCAACCUACCAAAUUCAGUAUUUGAUGGAAAAAACAUGCUUACUCUUAUUUUCCUACACUUUAAGUUGUUAAGCUUCUUUUUCCUCCGAGGUCUCUAAGCAGUGUUUUUUCCUCUUAUUUGAUUACUUGGUUUUGAUUUUACAACACUAACAUAAAAGGCAUUUUGCUCUUAUUUUGUGGUAUGAAAUUAUGAAUAUGGUAAGGAAACCUUUCAGAACUUUUCACAAAUUGAAAAAUUUGAUCGUGAGAAGUUCAAAUUGCAAAAGGUGGGAAGAAGUUUGGGUGAGGGGGGAGGGGGGAAUGUGUCUCCCAGUUAGCAAGUGAUGGAAAAAGCACUUAUCAAGCCUUUGUAGGCAAAUCUCUUGCCAGCCAUUCCCUAUUCCUUCCCACUUUCCUCCAUAUAUCUGAGAACAGUGGGAUAUUUAUUACUGUACCCUUGUUCAGCAGUUUUAUACACUGGAAGAUGCUUUCCUAGUCAAUCACAAAAAGUAAACAAAAAGUUCUCAUGCAGGGAAAAGAAAAGAAUAAAAAAAUAUGUAAGGAAAAAAAGGCACUGACUAUUACUGAAUGCGGAUUGUCUAAGUAGUUUCAGUGCAUCAUCUGUAUAGGAAAGCUUGGAGCCCUGCAGAAAUUACACAUUGCAUCCUUAUGCUUUGACAAAUAGAGUGACUUUUUUUUCCUAAAUUAAUAUGUUAGUAUGAAUAAGGUUGUAAACCAAUCAGUUUAGUUAUGCAUUUUGACUCAGUAGUGCCCUAAUUCAGGAUUGUAAUUUAGAAAUUUAACACUGUAGAGUCAGUUAUAAUUUACGCUUUUCAUAGAUUAUUUUGAAUAAUAAAAUCACACUUUGAACAAUG